AAAUAGCAGGGACCUUAGGUUACUUUCUGCACUCCGAAAGGUUGAAGAACUGAAUGUGACAGAAGAAGAAGAAGAAGAAGAAGAAGAAAUAGACAGAAAGUGAUGCGAAGAACGUGGAACAAAUAAAGAGAGCGACAGAGAGAAAGACAGGCAGAGAAAAAGAGAGGGAGCAGAGCCAGUGAAAGGAUAGAGAGAGAGAGAGAGAGAGAGAGAGAGAGAGAGACAGUGACAAAGGGAAAGAAAGCGAGGGAUGAAGUAUCCGUCUGUGUCAGUGAGUAACUCCCUGUUGGACAUGGAUGUAGCCAACUACAGUGAGGGACUGGACCCAACAUACAGCACCCUGGGCUUCGAUCAUGCUGACGUCCUCUACGGUGGGGGAGACAGUAUGCCAGCGGAGCCGGGCCAGUCCCAGGCAGAUGUUGUGAACUCUAACUGUGCUAUCUGUGGAGACAAGGCUACAGGGAAACACUAUGGAGCCUCCAGCUGUGACGGAUGUAAAGGCUUCUUCAGACGCUCCAUACGCAAGAACCAUGUCUACUCCUGCAGGUUUAACCGUCAGUGUGUGGUGGACAAGGACAAGAGGAACCAGUGUCGGUUUUGCAGACUCCACAAGUGUUUCAGAGCUGGCAUGAAGAAAGAAGCGGUACAGAAUGAGAGAGAUCGUAUCAGCUCCAGAAGAAACAUUCAGGACAAUCAGGAUCUCCCACCUAUCACUCUUCUGGCCCAGGCAGAGUCACUGUCUCAACAGAUCAGUGUGUCCAGUCCCAGUGGUGCAGUAGAUGCAUCGGAACAGAAGUCGGCUGGUGUGGGUGAUGUCUGUGACUCCAUGAGACAACAGCUGUUAGUGCUGGUGGAAUGGGCCAAAUACAUCCCUGCCUUCGGUGAGCUGCCCCUGGACGACCAGGUGAGUCUGCUCAGGGCUCACGCAGGGGAACACCUUCUACUAGGGGUCGCCAAGAGGUCAAUGCCUUAUAAGGACUUCCUGCUUCUUGGUAAUGGGUGUGUGAUCCAUGGUAGCAGUGCAGAGCCGGAGAUCAGUCGUGUAGCUAACCGUGUUCUAGAUGAGCUGGUCCUGCCCUUCCAGGAGAUCCAGAUAGAUGACAAUGAGUAUGCUGCUCUCAAGGCCAUUGUCUUCUUUGACCCUGAUGCCAAGUCUCUGCGUGACCCGUCUAAGAUCAAGGCGAUGCGUCUACAGGUCCAGAUGAGUCUAGAGGACUAUAUUAAUGACCGUCAGUAUGACUCCAGAGGGAGGUUUGGAGAGCUGCUGCUACUGCUGCCUACUCUACAGUCCAUCACCUGGCAGAUGAUAGAACAACUGCAGUUUGUUAAACUCUGUGGUCUGGCCAAGAUAGACAACCUUCUGCACGAGAUGCUGCUGGGAGGUCUGGCGUCAGAGCCCACCCAACUGCACCACCCAGGCCACACCCAGUUAGCCCAGGACCCUCUGACUGGACACACACUGGUCAUCAGCACUAUGCCCGCUACACACACUACUCAGAUAGAGUCUCCAGACACUCCUAUCCCGUCUCCUCCUCAGGUUGCAGAGAUGUACAAGUCCUCUCCUAGCCCCUCCCUCCUCCUGGCUCCACCCCUCCCACACAGACUUACCGCCGAAUCAUCCCUCUGAGUGUACAGCACCCGCCCCCACCACCGAAUAACAAAACAAAUAAAACAUACUGUUUGUCCUCCAUGAAUGCAGCCAAAAGAGCAGAAAGCCUUUUCUAUGGGCCAAAUCCGAAUUUGAGAUCUACAUGUGUAACUUGUAAAUAAAAAAACUUAAGUUUGGACCUCAA